CUGAGUCAAACCCUUUUCACUCAUCUAGUGAGUAUUACCACUGGAAAAUCAUAAACGACCAGAACGAACCAACUAGUCUCUCAUCCAUUUUGAUCUUCCAGAAUGAUUCACUCCGCCAUCACCAAGGGCCUCACCCUCUCCUCCUCCACUGCCAAAUCCUCUAUUUUAUCAUCAAUUUCUUCCUUCCUAAACCGAAACAUUCAUCAACUCAACAAUGCCUCCGAUCACGUGACUGAUCACCUCACGAAUCACUCGUCGUCAGCUUCCUAUCACGUGAGUUCAGGCGGUUACAUGCGUGGCGCCGUCUUUUGGGAGCCAAACAAGCCCCUAACGAUAGAAGAAUUCCACCUACCUCGCCCCAAAGCCGGUGAAAUUCUCGUCAAAACCAAAGCUUGUGGAGUGUGCCAUUCGGAUCUUCAUGUUAUGAAAGGUGAAAUUCCCUUCUCUAGUCCUUGUGUUGUGGGGCAUGAAAUAACUGGGGAAGUUGUUGAACAUGGGCCCCUCACUGACUCCAAAACCACUCAAAGAUUGCCAAUUGGAUCUCGUGUUGUUGGAUCGUUCAUUAUGCCUUGUGGCAACUGCGUCUACUGUUCUAAGGGCCAUGAUGAUUUAUGUGAAGAUUUUUUUGCUUACAACAGGGCAAAAGGAACUCUCUAUGAUGGUGAAACUCGGCUUUUCCUGAAAAAUGGUGGAAAACCAGUAUUCAUGUAUAGUAUGGGAGGCAUAGCUGAAUACUGUGUUGUGCCAGCACAUGCAUUAACUGUUUUGCCGGACACAUUACCAUACACGGAAUCUGCAAUUUUGGGAUGUGCUGUGUUCACAGCUUAUGGUGCUAUGGCUCAUGCAGCUGAGGUUCAUCCUGGUGAUUCUGUGGCUGUGAUCGGAAUUGGCGGUGUUGGGUCCAGUUGUUUGCAGAUAGCUAGAGCAUUCGGGGCCUCUGAUAUAAUUGCUGUGGAUAUUCAUGAUGAAAAACUGCAGAAGGCUAAGACUUUUGGUGCCACUCACACUGUGAAUGCUAUUCAAGAAGAUGCCAUUGAAAAAAUUAGAAAAAUAACUGGGGGACUGGGUGUAGAUGUUGCUGUGGAAGCCUUGGGAAAGCCUCAGACAUUUUUGCAGUGUACUCAGAGUGUCAAAGAUGGAGGAAAAGCUGUAAUGAUUGGACUUACACAAUCAGGUGCUGUUGGGGAGAUAGAUAUUAAUCGUCUUGUUCGUAGAAAGAUAAAGGUGAUUGGGUCGUAUGGGGGCAGGGCUAGACAAGACCUUCCCAAGUUGGUUAAACUGGCUGAAACAGGCAUUUUCAAUCUGAAAAAUGCCGUUUCAAGAAAAUACAAAUUUGAGGAGGUGGGUGCAGCCUUUGAAGAUCUCAACAACGGAAGAAUUAUCAGUCGUGGUGUUGUGGAGAUAAUGUAGUUUGUUUUUGUUCAAAGCAGAAGGUAUGUGUUGGAAUAGGUGUGGGAUUCAUGCUUUGUUUGUUAUUUCAUAACAGAAGAAGAGUAUUUAAGAUGUGCCUCAUGAGCAUUCACCUCCAAUGUGCAGCGUUUGUGAUUAGAUAACAAACAUCUUUUUUCUUUGUAAAAGAAUUUGUUUCUCAUCAUUUAAUUUUAUCCAAAUUUGCAACUGACAA